AGAGAUCCCAAGCCAAAAACCCCACUCUCGACGAGCCUCAAGAGCUCAAGCCCGAACACAAAAGCUCAAGCCCGAACCCAAGAAAGCUUCCUCCCCGAGACUAGAUCAAGAUGGCUCCCGAGCUGGCCGGCAAGAUGGCCGCCAAGGCUGCCGUGGCGGCGGCGAAGCCCGCGACGAAGGCGUACGUGACGUUCUUGGCGGGGGCAGGGGACUACUGGAUGGGCGUGGUUGGGCUUGCCAAGGGCCUGCGCAAGGUUGGCUCGGCCUACCCACUGGUGGUAGCCGUGCUGCCCGACGUGCCCGAGCUCCACCGCAAGAUCCUCGUCUCCCAGGGCUGCAUCGUCCGCGAGAUCGCCCCCGUGUACCCGCCCGAGAACCACACCCAGUUUGCCAUGGCCUACUACGUCAUCAACUACUCCAAGCUCCGCAUCUGGGAGUUUGUGGAGUACGAGAGGAUGGUGUACCUCGACGCCGACAUCCAGGUGUUCGAAAACAUCGACGAGCUGUUCGAUCUGCCCAAGGGGCACUUCUACGCCGUGAUGGACUGCUUCUGCGAGAAGACGUGGAGCCACACCCCGCAGUACCAGAUCGGCCACUGCCAGCAGUGUCCCGACAAGGUGACGUGGCCGGCCGCCGAGAUGGGCCCGCCGCCGGCGCUCUACUUCAACGCCGGCAUGUUCGUGCACGAGCCCAGCAUGGCCACCGCCAAGGCGCUCCUUGACACCCUCCGCGUGAUGCCGACGACCCCAUUCGCGGAGCAGGAUUUCCUGAACAUGUUCUUCAAGGAGCAGUACAAGCCGAUCCCGCUGGUCUACAACCUUGUGCUGGCGAUGCUCUGGAGGCACCCGGAGAACGUCCAGCUGGAGAAGGUCAAGGUGGUGCACUACUGCGCUGCGGGAUCGAAGCCAUGGAGGUUCACGGGCAAAGAGGAGAACAUGGACAGGGAGGACAUCAGGAUCCUCGUCAGGAACUGGUGGGACAUCUACAACGACGACGAGAGCCUCGAUUUCAAGGGCCUGCCCGCCCUGGCCGCCGACGCCGACGAGCUCGAGGCGGCGGCCAAGAAGCCGCUCCGCGCAGCGCUUGCGGAAGCCGGCACCGUCAAGUACGUCGCCGCGCCCUCGGCUGCGUAAUCCCCGGUCGCCUAGCUCCGGCCCGUGCCACUGUGGCCAUCAAAGCAGGAAGCCGGGCACCUAUAAGCAUUUGCAUUUUGGUAUUUUGCGUCUGUUCGGUACCAAGUUAGCAGUAUCAUUUCAAGUUCAAGAUAGGAGGUUUGAUCGAAAGAGUCCACGUAUGUGAAUAUACCCUCGACCCUUUGUGAAGUAGGGUGUUGUCUCGUCCUGUAUGAAAGAAUUAUGUGUGAAUCAAUAGGAAGCUGCAAAAAUUAUGGCAUAUUUUUCACGUCA